GUGUCCAAAAAGAAAGAUGGAAAGGAACAAAGUGAAGUGGUAUCCCCAUCGGAGGAUGAAGAAACGUUCUCUUGGCCUGGCCCCAAAACGGUAGUUUUACAAAGAACGAAGCAUGGCUUUGGCUUCACCUUAAGGCAUUUCAUUGUUUAUCCCCCGGAGUCUGCUGUUCAGAUUUCCUAUAAGGAUAAAGAGGACGGAAACAAAAGUGGGAAGCCACGAAACAGAUUGGAGCCGAUGGAUACCAUAUUUGUUAAACAGGUUAAGGAAGGUAGCCCUGCUUUUGAAGCUGGAUUAUGCACAGGUGACCGAAUUAUAAAAGUGAACGGAGAAAGUGUUAUAGGGAAGACGUAUUCUCAAGUAAUUACUUUAAUACAGAACAGUGACUGCAUGUUGGAACUUAGUGUUAUGCCAAAAGAUGAGGACAUCCUUCAGCUGGUGGUCCAUUUGAAUGUCCGAUACAAGAGGUCGAUGUUGAGGACCUAUUGUUUUGUAAGGGGUGACCUUGGUGUUUUUGAUGAACCCACUAGCCCCAGCAUUGACCAUGAGAUCGCCCACAUUCCAGCCUCUGCUGUUAUUUCAGCAUCUUCCUUGCGGGUACCCAACAUCACAACUGUCCCUCCCAGUCCCACGUCUCUUGUCCCUUUAAUUCGACGUCAGCUAUCGCAUGACCAUGAAUCCAUCAGGAUUAGUAUUCAGGAUGGCCAGUUUGCCGCAAAAAGCGAGAGGUCGAAAUCUUACGAUGAAGGAUUGGAUGACUAUAGAGAAGGAAAAGUGUCUCUAAAGCAUGUAGCUAGCUUCAAAGGAAUUAAGGCCCCAGAUAGCCAAACGUCUUCAGAAAACUCAGGGUCCAGAAAAGCUUCUUCUUCAGAGGUCUUUGGCGAUGCCACCAAGGAAGGGUACCUCUAUUUUCGCCAGCUCAUCACAGACAAGGGAAAGAGAGUUGGAGGCAGCAUCCGGCCCUGGAAGCAGAUGUACGUCGUUCUUAAAGGCUGUUCCCUCUACUUGUACAAGGAUAAAAAAGAGCAAACGGUUGCUUUGGAGGAAGAGCUGCCCAUCAGUAUCAAUGCUUGCCUGAUCGACAUAUCGUACAGUGAAACAAAGAGGAAAAAUGUAUUUCGGCUUACCACCUCCGACUGCGAAUAUCUGUUUCAGGCCGAAGACAGAGAUGACAUGUUGGCGUGGAUUAAGGCCAUACAAGAGAACAGCAAUUUAAAUGAGGAGAACACCGGGGUGACCAGCAGGGACCUCAUCAGCCGAAGGAUUAAAGAGUACAGCACAAUGAUGAGCACUUCCAGCGGCAAAACAGAGCCGUCCCCCAAAACACCUCGGCAGAGCUUAAGCAUUAGGCAGACGUUCCUUGGUGCUAAGAGCGAGCAAAGGACCCAAAGCCCACAUUCCCCGAAGGAGGAAUCUGAAAGGAAAUUCAUUGCUAAAGAAAAAGAUGAGACAAGCCCCCCAAAAGACAAAGGUACAUGGCGAAGAAACAUCCCCAAUAUCAUGAGGAAACCUUUUGAGAAGAAGCCUUCUGCAGCUGGGACCUUUGGAGUCCGACUGGAUGACUGCCCCCCAGCUCAAAGCAACAAGUAUAUUCCUCUUAUCGUUGAUGUAUGCUGCAAGCUUGUUGAAGAGAGAGGCCUUGAGUAUACAGGUAUUUACAGGGUUCCUGGAAACAACGCCGCAAUCUCAAGCAUGCAAGAAGAACUCAACAAAGGAGUGACUGAAAUCGACAUUCAGGAUGAUAAAUGGCGAGACUUGAAUGUCAUAAGUAGUUUGCUGAAAUCAUUCUUCAGGAAACUUCCAGAGCCUCUCUUCACUAAUGACAAAUAUGCAGAUUUCAUCGAUGCCAACCGAAAGGAAGAUCCCGUGGAACGGCUGAAAACAUUAAAAAGGCUGAUCCGUGAUUUGCCGGAACAUCAUUAUGAAACCCUCAAAUUCCUGUCUGCCCAUCUAAAGACUGUUGCCGAAAAUUCGGAGAAGAACAAGAUGGAACCAAGAAACCUGGCAAUAGUGUUUGGUCCAACUCUUGUGAGGACAUCUGAAGAUAACAUGACACACAUGGUUACCCACAUGCCUGAUCAAUACAAAAUCGUAGAAACACUUAUCCAAAAACAUGACUGGUUUUUCGCGGAAGAUGAUGCCGAAGAACCUCUUACAGCAGUUCAGGAGGAAAACACUGUAGAAUCUCAGCCAGUGCCAAACAUAGAUCACUUACUCAGCAACAUUGGAAGGACGGGAGUGUCUCCAGGAGAUGUAUCAGGAGAAGUGGGAGGAGUCUAUCACACGGUGAUGUCACUAGUGGACUCUGUGAUGUCACUGAUGGACGGCUGGAACUGUAGGAAGAAGGAGGACUGUUGCCCACACUGUAGCUGCCUUGUCUGCAGAAACCCCCAUUCAACUACUAGUGACUCUGCAAAAUCUAAGGGCUCUUGGGGAUCUGGAAAGGAUCAGUAUAGCAGGGAACUGCUUAAGUCCUCCCUCUUUGCAGCAGCUAGCCGCAAGCGGAAAAAAACAAAAGAGAAACCGCAGCCCAGCAGCUCCGAAGAGGAGUUGGAUAAUGUGUUUUUCAAAAAGGAGUCUGCGGAUCACUGCCUUGGUGGUUCAGCUAAAGAGGACAGGCCUAAACAUGAGGUAGAGAAAGAGAUGGGCGGCAGAAAGCAGAGAGCUGCGGCUCUGAAAGAGAACAGUGUUAGAAAAUCUUCUACACCCAACAAAGAUGAAAACCCGUUGCCAAGGAAAGAGAGGGCACACUCGGAGGAUCCCUCGUCAACUUGCCACCAAAAAUUUACGAGAUCCCCAAAUCUCAGCUUUUGGCUGAAUACCCAGAAAGACUGCACUAAACCUUCUGUCUCUCAAGCCUCCACUCAGAUGGAAGAAACAGUCUCAGACGCUGGCACUCUGCUCAGCGCUUCUUCACAGGCUUCUCUGCAGAGACUCGCCAGUAAGAAAUUGGCUCACCCUGAAAAUAAAUGCAGUGAGUUUUUAACAGGCAGCUCCAGCACCAGCACUUCGGAUUACUCCACAACCUCAUCUACUAUGUACCUGACCAGCUUGGAUUCCACUCUGCUGAGCCCAGAGGGGCAGUCAGUGACAGAGAGCAAAGGAGAGGAGGCUGACGAUGAGAGAAGCGAACUGGUUAGCGAAGGUCGCCCCGUGGAAACAGACAGCGAGAGCGACUUCCCCGUUUUUGCCGCCAGCUCAGCCGUAGAGAGGCUGUUCAGGGGGAAGAUGCAAGACCUGGUGAAGGGCAGCCGGAGGAACUCCGAGGAAAGCGAAGUAAGUUGCACUGAGGGAAGCUUGACGCCAAAGUUGGACAGCCGCAGACUGUUCAGUUCACACAAACUGAUUGAAUGUGACACGCUCUCUAGGAAAAAGUCAGCCAGACACAAAGCUGACAGCGAAAGCUCCGGAGAUGCCCGGUGCGAGAAGGAGCUGCCGUCGGUGACUAAAAUGUUUGACAUCAUGAAAAAAGGAAAGUCAACCAGUAGCUUGGCAACCUCACCCAAAAGCGAGCCCGAGAAGCAGGAACCUACGUGGAGGCUCAAGAUUACCGACCGCCUCAAACAGAGGCUCAAGGCCUCUGCGGACGAUAUGUUUGGAGUGAGCAAUCAGAAAUCAAGUUCUGCAGAGACAGCCAAGAGAAAGAACAUCAGGCGAAGGCAUACGUUAGGAGGCCAGAGAGAUUUUGCCGAAAUCAGUGUUCUCAAUGCCUGGAAAGCGCAAGAGACAAACAGGGUUAGCGACUCUUCGGCGGUAAACCGGCUGAAGCCCAAAUGUCCGGCACAGGACCUCUCGAUUUCAGACUGGCUUGCACGAGAACGUUUACGCACGAGCACAACGGACCUUAAUACGGGUGAAAGAGGAGAGCCCCAACUGGAGAACGCUAGCUUAGCCGAUCCGUCGAAAAUAGAGCUCUCUUUGCCUGCGGAGACACAGGCAGAGGACAGCAGUAGUUCUGGUAGUUUGACUGUGGUCCCUAGAAACCCGGUGUUGGGACCACCCCAGCCACUAGAUCACAUCAAUGGAGAAAGCUACCAGAACAUGAACAAAGGUAGCUUCAGUCCAGUAGUUGAUGCCCAUCCUCAUAAAUUAUCUGGGGCCCAGGUGGUUACAUCUCGAUUUUACCAGUGUCUUUGAAAUGUAGGAGGAAAUGUCUACUUCAGCAAUUCAAUAGUGGCCUCACUGUUAAUGUGUCCCCAAUUGUUCUGUAUAUAUUUCUUUUCUGUACUGUGUUAUUUUGCAGCUAUCAAAUUUGAUCAGUAUGCACUGUGGAAGAGUCUUUACAGAGCAUUAAUACUGCAGAACAUUUGGGGGUGGGUGGGGUGGGAAGGGGAGAGAGAGAGUUUAAAAUAUAUAUAUAUAAAUACAUAUAUAUAUAUAAAUAAAUAUAUUUUAAAGAAAAGUAUAUUUGAUUGCUGCAUACAAAUGUUGAACAAAGCAUCUAAUGCAAAAUAUGUAAUGUGUACAUGGUUUUUACGACUGACAAUUGGCAUUAGUAUGCAGAAAAAAAUGUUCUUUUGGGCUUAGUCACUAACAAGUGCCUCAUCAUGGGGGGGGGGAGUUCAUUUGGUUUGUUAGGGUGCCAUAAUUGUUAAAUUAGAUGAUAAGUCGUUUCAUGAGACAUUUUACAAAUUUUAGCACAGGUUGGUACAGCGCUUCCAUUCCUUAGGCAUUCCAGUUGAAUUUCUGAGUUUUAUAUUCCAAUUUUAAUGCAGUUUUUUUGAGUUUUAUGUGACUUGAAUUUUUAAUCUUUCUGUAAAAUAAGUAACUUAAAUGUACAUACUCCAUGUGUAUCUUUUCCUCAGAUACCAGAUUUGAUAUAAAUGUUGUAACAUAGGCGUGUAGAUAGUGGAUCCUGGAUGGAACUGGUUUCUUUGUUGAGAAUAUAAUUCUGCAUGCAGACUGUAAUGACUCCAAACCUGUAUAAUGCCUGUGUGCAUACCCACUUAAAACACUGGAAAAUAAAAUUGUUUUGGUGA